AUGGAUGAUUAUGUGGAGUGGCUUCUACAGGACAGGGAUACAGAACCAUCUCUUCAAACCGAUCGCCGUGAUCUCCAGCAGCCAAGCAGAGAUUGGCAAAAUAUGUACGUAAUGGCUCCACAGAACAACUUCAUCGAUCUGAGUGGAGAUUUUAACAUAGACAAUUUUGUGGAGUGGCUUUUGCGGACAGGGAUGCAAAACCAUCUCAAACCGUUGAACCGAUCGCCGCGGAAACAAAGCGCAGGCUUUUGAGCCCACUUUUUCUAAGGGCGUUUCAGCAAAAUCGGCCUAUGACAACCAAAAAAAUUCGGAAUACCAAACCCGCAAGGGGAUUGGAAAGAUUUCAUCCCUUUCAUUCGAUGAAUUAUUAAAAAUCCGAAUCGGCGCCAACAAAGUGGAUCGGCAUGGAAGGACGUGUGGAAGAUCCACCACCACGUCAUUAUGAAGUCUUGACUGCAGAUUUUCGGAGGGUGUUGAAGAGAGCAGAGGCAGAAAAAUCACAAAAUGGCGUUUUUUUAAAGAAUGAUGUAAACAACGAUUUGACUUUAAAGAUUAUUCGCGGAAUCGAAAAAGAGUGAGAAACAGUUUUUUGAUCAAACAAAUUUAUGCAUACCAGCUUCGGAACAUCGAAGCGAAGGAAACAAUGGCCUAUUAUCAGGACAAAAGAAGCCCCCGGUUUGAAAGAAUAUCGCAAGCGAGACAGUGGUUGGAAGAACAAGAAGAAAACCGUCUGCAGGGCGAAAAAAUA